AGUACGCGAUAUCGAUAACUCGCCGGACGCUCCGAAAAUGGCGGCGCCCUUUCGCAGGCGCGAAACAAAUCAAACUGAUCGCUUUUCGUACAUAUCGCAGCUAAGAGAACGUCACGUGGAGUCCGCAACAGAGGUUUGCAGGAGCUACGUCCGAUAGAAUAACGCGUGAGAUGCACAACGAAAUCGGUUGAUUGCAACGAUCCUUAUUAAAGAUGUCAUCCGACAAAGAUGCGGAAGUCUGUAUAAAAAUCCGAGAUACACUGGUCUCCAUCACUGAUGUCAUUUCGAAGAUAGAGAAGGAGCUAGACUCGAUCGACGAACUCGUGAAGGAAAACGGACAGUUGCACACAGCUGUCGACACGGCGAAUAAGACGUUGGCUGGUAAGGCUCGCAAGAUGGGACUGAACGUGGCGGAGAUUAUUAGCGAAGGCAGGAGCGCAGACAGGUUAGAACUGGACCUAGUAAGUUCGAUCACAUCCGCGGCGAUCACGGAAAAGUUGUUGCACCACAUGGAUGGUUGAUACAUUUUCCUAUGUCGUAUUAUAUUAUUUACAAUUGCCACAUAUGCUUGGUAUAACAAUAUAUAUAUUUUUGAAUUCCUUUAAUACUACAUAAUCGAUUCUCUGAACUAAUGAAUAAAUAUGAUACACCUUAAUCCUUAUUAUAUAAAAAAGUAUUAAUUAUCAGCCAGCAGAGUAAUAUAUCUUUGUAAACAAGGGUAGAAAAAUAGACUUAAUAUUACGAUGGGUAAUAAUAGCUUUGUGUUGAUAAUGCAAUACUCUGUAAUAUUUAUAAUUUUGAUUCCGUCAGCCAAUUAAACUGUUGUUCCUUA